AGGAAUUUGGAGAAAAGAAAAUAUUUCCUGGGAACACAGACGUUUCAUCUGUGGUGAAAAACUUUCUCUCAGUUCCUACAGCUAUGCAAAAAUUACGAAUAUAUCCUGAAUCAUGGAAUAAUGAAAUAGCUUUGAGAAUUGAACUGUAUUCAAAUCGUAUGUCAUUUUUAGUUAUAUAUAAUCCUUACUUUGUUCUAUAAAGCUCAUUUUACAUAUUAAGAUGCCUUUUACUUUUUGUUUCAGCAUCUAUUUCUACCCAAAAUUGUAUUCAGUAUACACCAACAACCAGCGGUAAGAUUUUUUCUGAUCAUUAUUCGAAUUAUUUUUCCAUGAUUAAGUUUAUGCAUGUUGUAUCCAGAAUUGUAAAUAGCAGUUAUACAUAUAAGUUUUUCUAUAGGAUAAAUAGUAUUAGGAAAUACUCUUAAUGUUUUCCCUAAAGCAGAAAUUACUGAUUUGAGUCCAGGGGCGGGGGAGAGGGGUGUGUGAUAACCCUCCCCCCCCCACCCACCCCAUCCCCCAAUCGUCAGGUAGUCGGCAAAACAGUGCAUUCCCUGACUCGUCCCCAGUUCGCUGUCAAUGCCUAACCCGCGAACGGGUAUAUUAUUCCGUACUAAACUAUUACGAGGGACUGUGGAAGAGUCAGGUGCAUCCCAGUCAGUAAAACAGUACAUCACAGUCGGCAAAUUGUUUUCGUAGUCGGCAAAACAUGAAUGUGAUAGGGUAAAUAAUGUGAAACAGAUGUAAAACAGUUUAAAAAUUAAUAAUCAUACCUAAAAUUUGGAGAAAUUUACGAAAAUAGGAAGGAAAAGAGGAAACAUUAAAGGAAGAACGGAACGUUAAGCUCAAAUAGUAUGACAACUAUAAUGUCCGGAAACUUUUUUACCCAAUUUUGGAAAAAGAAACAUUAAUUAAUUGGCGUUUGACAUGAGUAGGUAAAAUUUCAGUUCAUGACAACCAAAAUUCUUUUACACCCCCCCCAUUCAAAAAGGUCUAGCGGCACCCCUGUUUCAGUCAUUCAAAUAGAUUAAGGAAAAGCUAGAAAAGAAAGUAUAGCUAUAUUUAGGCAUUAAAGCACUUUUGGAGUGUACAGUUAUCGGGAUUUACAUACACGAGUUCAUGAACAAGAAACAAGAAAUUUACUACUGCACGGGACGAGGCGUAGCCGAGUGUAGUAUUAAAGUUUCUUGUUCGUGGUUGAGUAGUGCUUGUAAAACCAAUACUGAUACAUGAACAAAGAGUGCUUUAAACGUUAAAAUUUGAGUAAACACAGAGAUAAACACUUGCGAUUUGCGAAAAAAAAUUUAAUACCAAACUGAAUUCAAUUAAUAUUGAUUUUUUGUUAUGAUUCAAACGAUACUGUCUUCAAUAACUCGGUACUGAUCUCAGCAAAUUCUUCACCAUUUUUUAUUGUAGUCGCUGUGCAUUAAACCUUUUCAUGCGCAUUAUUUUAUAUCACACGGCCGUGCGUUAUUGUUACAUAAAUAUUAAAUAUUAAUAUUGAAUAUUAAAACUAGUUAUAUAUUAUAAUAAGCUAUAUCUUUAAUCAACAAACUAAUACCCAGUCUUUCGUCUAGUAAGUCGCGGCGAACCAGGUGCCUCAGGGACAGUAUUUCGUUCUCACUUCAAGAAUGGGAAAAUUGUCAAAACUCUUCGUGUUCAUAAUGAUCAUAACGCUUUACGGGUAAGUUUUCAAUACGUUAAUUACUUUCAUCAAUAAUUAAGCUUCGUAGCGUCAUUAAUAAUUUACUAAUUUUACACUUUUUUAAGAUUAAUGAGUGGUCCAGUUACAAACAGUUUGAAAAAACAGGUAUGUUCCCAGGAUAUUUUGUAUUCAUGUACACGCUUCUAAACGUUGCGCAUGCAUGCUGAAUACGUGGAAUUGUUCAGUGGAUCCUGGCUGAAUCAUGUUCUGAUACAGAGCCGUAGCCAGGGCUGGGGCCAGGGGCCCCCUGACAAAAUGUAUUGUAUAAAAAAGGGAAUCCUUGAUUAUAUAGCUCCAUGCUGUCAAUAACGCAAAAAUUCUGUAGAAUAUAUGCUUGCUGCGCAUCGGUGUGAAAUCUAAAAUCUUGUUCGCUUAUUUGCGGCACACAGCUUCAAACACAUCCUCUUCUAACCCUAAUUAUUUCAAUAUGUAUUAAGUGAGGGUUGGAUGAAGUUUAAACCAAUCUGUUCUUUUUACCAGUGAUUUUUUAACGCGGGCUCGGUAGUGGCGCCGUGACGUGGGGGCCAAGGGGGUGGGGGGGGGGCUCCCCUAUUGUUGUGACCCGUCGGAAAAUUGUCAAUGUUGUCGAAAUCUUCGUGGUGAAGCAUCGGAAAAAGUGAUACGAAAUCGGGAAUAGUGCUACGAAAGCAAUUGUAAUGUUAUUUACCAAAAAUGGGGGCAUAUUUAAAAUGUUGUGGUCCGGGAAAUUUUUUGGCCCCUCUUGUGUUUUUGUUGCCCCCCCCCCCCCGACCAAAAAUCCUGGCUACGCCUCUGUUCUGAUAUUAGUACUGUAUUCAUUAUUAAUGCAUAGUCAACUUUAUUCGAAACUCUGUAUUUAAUUUGAUGUAGUGCCUAUAUAGGUGGCUUUCAUCAUGCUCCAGUUUAGUGCACACAUAUUUUAAAUAAACGAAUCUCAUUUGGAUUCAAUUAUUUGACCUCCCACUGCCUUCAUGUUGACGUCUCGUGGGGUAGCUUCAAAGUUUAACCCACGUAUACAGUAUAAAACAAAAUCACCAAGAAUAGGGUCACAGUUUCAACAAACGAAUUAAAAGCACUCAGGUGCUAUACAUAAGAACUACGACAGGGACAUGCAAGGGUGUGUAUUGAAAAAAAAUUCAACAGUAUAUUCUACCUAACCGCCUUCACACAUCGCUAACCCAUGAGAGUACUUCCAUUUUCCCCUCUUCAGUGUAUAGCACCUGGGUAUCAGGCAAUUUAAGAAAAUGUUCGAAAGAAAUACAAAACAAUGUUAACUCCGAAUAAUGAUGACACGGAGUUUCCGCUGUUGUGUAUAUUAUGAAAAUAGUCAGUACUUAAUUUUACCAGCGAAAUAGUGUACGCUUAUCAACACCAGUAUAUAACUGUUUACCUGUUUGUUGAUGACUAGGUGCUGUAACAUGGUUUAUUUUGGACAAGGAGGGAAUACAUCUCGACACCAUCGACCUUCGUGGAAACUCUCGUGUUUUGUUUGUUAGUCCCACUUCAAGGCAUGUGAGCGUAAAUGCCAUCCUAAGUGACAGUAGUGGUCAAGUAUUCAUUGCUCCAUCCCAGUCUAUAAGUAUCUCCACACAGCUCGCGCCAUGUCUAGUCACCUUCAACUCCAGCGUAUUGGCGUUUGGUAACAAGACGGGGAGUGACGUAGGGAUCCAGAGAACAUUACAUGUAUAUGGGACUCUUGACUUAGGCCAUACUCCUAGUGUUGAGAUAGGACAAGAUGGUGGGUCAUUUAUCAUGCAUCCAGGGUCAUCCCCAAAUCAACUUGAUUUCAAAAACUUUGUAAUUAAGGAUGGCCUGGGGUAUCAGGUCAGCUUGCUUCAAAAUGGUGAGAUAAAGGUUAUGAAUAUCGCUGGAGGGAAAUUCACAAUGGGUACCGGAUGUUUAUUUAAUUCCAGUGCUCAGUUAACGUUGUUAUCAGACGAUGUAAUUAUCAAUGGUGUCAUGACAGCUCCUACCCUAACUAGCGCUGUUUGGAACUCAUUAUCGGUUAGAUUGCAGGGAUCGCUGGAUACAAAGGUUUUAAGCAACGUUUUCAAAGUAAAUGACGUUUCUGUACAUGGCAGUCUCAGUAUACGCAAUGCUAACAUGUCCAUGAAUGUGAAUAGUUUGGACGUAUCUGGUACUUUAAUCCUGGCAGGAGUGGUGAAGCUAUUCGAUCAAAAUGGCGCUUCCAACGUCAAUAUUACAGUCAUCGAAAGAGGUAUGUUUAAAAUUCUCGGAAAAUCUAGCAGCUCUGCUUCUAAUUUCUCUGAAAUCGGCGCAGGGGAGAUUGAUGUGUUCGGCCAGUUUUUAGCCGGAAUUGUAACGCCAUCCGGUGGAUGGAAUCGACUGCGUGUACUUCAAGGUGGCUCUAUGGCUGUCCAAUUUAAUGACCACUUACAGAUAGACACCAUAGAAAUUUCGGGUAACUUGCAGGUGUUGAGUGUGGCGAAUAUCAGUGGUCUUACGAAAGCACGGACUGGUACCAUUAACUUAGCAAGUGGAGGCAUGUUUACACUAAAUUCUCAGAAAGAUACUGGGAUAUCAAUCAUUCGUGCAUCGAACGUAGAAGUUAACGGAACGUUUUUAGGUGGGCGGAUAAGCCCUGUAGAGGGUUGGGAUCGUAUCAGUGUUGGACCACAAGGAAAUUUAAAUCUUGAGUUGACUGAAGAAUUGCGUACUGAUAAAAUAACAGUUUCUGGGAUUUUAGAAGUCACAAAUAACGUCUCAGUUCGCGGCUAUACAAGUGACCGGAUUAACAAAGUUCUGAUCAACUCAGGGGGUUCAUUGAUUUUGAAUUCUCAGAGAGUUGGAAUCUCGUAUCUCAGAAUCUUAGAAGUAGAAAUCAACGGUCGGUUCUUAGCGGGAAAAGCAUCGACCGUUGAAGGAUGGAAUCGUCUUGCCGUACAGCCACAGGGAAAUAUGAAUAUAAAUUUCAUUGAUGAUUUCAUGGUUGAUGAUUUGGAAGUUUCUGGGACUUUAGAAGUAACAAAUAAUGUAUCAAUCCGAGGAUACACGAAACAACGAACUAGCAGAGUUGUGAUCAAUACAGGAGGGUCAUUAACUUUGAAUUCUCAGAAAAAUGGAACAUCGUAUCUCAGAAUGUCAAUCGUGGAAAUUAACGGAAAAUUCUUUAUAGGUGAUGCAUCAACCAUGGAAGGAUGGGACCAUCUAAUGGUCAAACCAGAUGGGGUUAUGAAAAUUAAAUUAAUAGGUGAUUUCCAAGUUGAUAGGUUAGAAGUAUCAGGAAAUAUAGAGAUUGAAAAUUCAGUAAUCAUUCGUGGUUUCAGCGAAAGUCGUACGCGAGACGUAGUUAUCAACAAUGGUGGCUCUAUUACCCUUGAUUCUCAGAAAACAUCAGGAGUGUCCAUAAUCCGUGUAUAUAACCUCACCAUUAACGGUCAAUUUCGGGCAGGAAUAGUUUCACCUGGUCAAGGAUGGAACAUAUUCAGCAUUGGUUUGCAAGGAAGCAUGACUAUUGCGUUCCACGACGCAUUACGAGUCGACAAUGUGAUUAUUUCUGGGAAUUUGGUGGUUUCAAAUGAGGUGAAAAUUCGUGGAUACAGUAGAACCAAGACACCGGAAUUUAAACUCGAAACAGGAAGUUCUGUAACAUUAAUGGCGGCAAGUUAUAAUGUCAGUUGUGGCGAGAAGAACGUUUAUUCCGAACUGCAGGUCUUCCAGUUGUCAGUUAAAGGUAUUUUCCAUGCUGGGCCAUUAUCCAUCCAUGAUGGAAUUAAUGAUUUUAGUAUCUUUGACACCGGUAAUUUCCAGUUUUAUCCGGUUGGGGAAUUCUGGUUUAACCAUUUUAAUGUAAACGGAAGAAUGACGUCAUAUCGCGACGGAAUAUUUGAAGGCCGGCAUAAUCUGCCUAUCCCGCAUGCGCAAUUCGGACCAAGCUCUGACGUUGUAAUAAAAAAAUGCUUCAAUAACUCACGAAUUAUUGCUAACAUUGUUACUGUUGCGGGGAAGGUUGUGACAGAUCUACUUGAUAUUGGUAAAAACUGGAAAAAACUAACCGUCACUGGAACAUUUGAAUUUCUCCCAGCAGAUACAUUUAAUAUUUCAAAGACUGUUAUUAACGGAACAUGGAGGAGCAUUAAACCAUUUCGUGAUAGUAUUCCGUUACUUGGAAACACAUUGGUUGUAAACGUGGGAGGUUUGAUGAGUUUAAACUACCAACAGAAGCUUGAAGACCCGACAUUGGGUAGCAUACCGUCCACAAUUCGAAUGACUGCUUCCAUUGAUAUCCAUGGACGUUUCGAAGCAGGGUCAGUGAACAUUUUUACAGAAGACCUAACAAUAUCCACUCAUGGCAUGCUGACAGUGGACUGGGGAGGCUAUGCGGCCGGCCAGGGACCUGGUGCAGGGACUGCUGCAACUUCCGGUUCGUCUGGAGCAAGUCAUGGAGGGAGGGGAGGGAAAGGGGCUGGUGUAUCAUGCCACAGGUUACCAUAUGGAUCUAUCUAUGCCAGAGGGUCUUGGGGUAGUGGUGGUGGACAUGCAGGGAACCUGGGAGGUAGAGGUGGUGGUAAAGUUUACCUUGAGGUACGAAAAGGAGUACAGCUUGAUGGAAGGAUACAAUCUUCAGGAGAACCUGGCAAGGUGAGGUUAAUUAUUUCUUCAUUGUUUCUGACGAUGUUAAAACAAUUAUAUCAGUGUCAAAAGCUGGUCAAUUUGAAGACAGUUUUCUUCUCUGCUGCGCGUAUUGAAACUUUUAAAACAGUUGUUUGCCCAUAACCUUAUGUAUACGAUAUUAAACCCGAAAACGAUAUGCUAACUCUAUAUCAAAUGUACUAUCCUUGCGCGUUAUAUUCCAUACAUGAAAUCCUUUUUCAUAGGGAGGGAAUGCUGGUGGUGGCAGUGGUGGAUCAAUAUGGAUAAACUGCACUCAGUUUAAUGGUAAGGGGUUCAUAUACGCAAAUGGCGGGAAGGUGUCUGAUGACGGAGGUGGUGGUGCUGGUGGUCGGAUUACUGUAAAUUACCAGCAUGGAGUAUUCCACAGUGAUCAAACGUCAGCCUACGGAGCAACCGCCAGGGUGGAAAAUGGAGGACCAGGACUUAUCUAUUUGUUUGGGCAGAGACCACUGAAUAAGAAUUUGAGAAUUGACAACAAAGGAAAGGAAGCUGUGGUAAAGUGUAAUUUAAUUUUCUUUCGUUUAAGAUUUAGUUACUAACAAAAUAUACUAUUACAGUAGUGAUUAAUGUGGUAUUUAUAUGAUAGCGAACAAGCUCGGUCAAAUUGACUCCCUCAUAUAAACAUCCAGUCCACAGUAGCGUAGCCAGCCCGACAAUUUAGUCCCGAUAUGCAAAUAGUUUCGUGUUCAUUGACUGUGAGAAAACAAUCAAUUUCAAAAGAAAUGAAUAAUGAUAAUAAUUUUGAAUUUGCAUAGCGGGACUAAAUUGUCAGGCUGGCUACGUCACUACCAGUCCAGUAAACCUUGAAAAUGCGAAGCGAGAUUCUCGUUAGGCGGGUAAGUUUUGGUUCCAAACUUCCAAUAGAAAAGCGCAAGAUUCCUGUAAAAACAUCGCACUUGCGGUAAAAACCCUGAGUAGGCAAUGGCUGUAAUUAUUAUAAACAGCUUCAGGUCCAUUCCGAGUAACAUGAAAGUCUGAAAGUUUGUUUAAACAUUGGCUAGAUUGUAUUUUCCAUGGACAUUUUAUUUUGCGUCCGAUGUGGUUUAUCUCGUAUUUUUUCAACUACCAUUCAAGUGACUAAAAUCUCAGUGUGUAAACGAAUCUUAGUAGUCCAGUUAAAUUAUUAGUUAGAAUUCCUUCUGACGAUAUCAACGUGUUUGUCUUAUUUGCAGGUCUACCAAGGUUCAGAUUUUGAAAAGUUUAAAUAUUCAGGUAAUUAUUUGUAUGUUAUUUUAUUAUUAAUGACUGACCUAACAUGUAUGCCUGUGAAUCACCGUAACAAACUCAAUUAAAUAGGGCGAAACUCGCAUGUGGUGAGCAGGGUUUAUUUCAAGAAAAAUUUAUAACUGCACAUAUAGGGAUGUUACGAAGGCAACAGGUGUUUGACGGGGGCGGGGCUGUCGAAGGAUUUUUUACAUUCAUAUAGGUGACAGAAUAAUCGUGUGGUUGGGUGGGAGAAUUGGAGAAAGGCCAGACAAACUCGAUUAUGGGUGCGGGAGCUAGGGAGUGUUCCCCAAAACAAUUUGAAUCUUGAGGCUAUUAGUUCUGGCAAAGAUUUGUUCACCCAACCACUCACAAAAACUGUUUCAAAACAUGUAACUGGGAAUCAUGGAUAUUCAAUAUAUAACAACCUUAAAUUUGCAUUUGAGGCAGCAAUGAAUAUUAGGAGUCCUCCCCCAGAAAACGUUUAUAUUUUUGAUGCUCAAUUAACAUGAUGACAGCAAUUCUGGAAUUUUCUGGAGCAUCCACAAGAGUAACGAGUAAAUGAGAAGACUGUUUUAAGGCUAUAUUUGUUAGUUUGGUGACUGCACAUUUGUGUUUUAAGAACUGCACAAAUGGGUUUAGAACUGCACAUUUUGUGUAGAACUGCACGUUAAAAUAAACCCUGGUGGUGUGAGGAAAGUGAUCUGAUAAGAGGUAAAAGAUAAUGCAUGCAUUACUGCUUGGCCUGGUUGAGCUACUUGUGUUCUUCCUCCAUCCCAAGUUAAUUCGUAAAGAGUUUGGCUAUUGGAGGAAGAAUUUGCCUCAAUUAAGCUUUGCCUCGAUAUCAGUUAGUUUGGGAGGUAAUAACAAACACUUGAGGAUAUCCUGUGUGGAUAAAUUUGCCUCAAUUAAGCUUUUCCUCGAUAUCAGUUAGUUUGGGAGGUAAUAACAAACACUUGAGGAUAUCCUGUGUGGAUAUCCAGCUGACGGUGAAACACGCUUUCACAUGUUUGUAUACUUCUGUGCUAUACCCAGUAUUUAUAGUAGUUUGAGAUACGGGAACUCAAAUUCAAAAUCAACUGAUUUGUCUAUUGUAUAGGAGCCGUUGCCUACCUCCUUCCAGAAACAGACAAUUUUAUAUUCGACUUUACAUUUGUUGAAAUCUACGGUACGGCGCAUCUUUAUGUUGACGGUGAAGGAACAGAACUGACAACAAAACUCGUUCAAGGUGAUGACACUGGGUACAUCCACGUUGCUCCUGGCAACACACUGCGACUCACCGCUGAUUCUACAUAUCGUCGUACCAAUAUCACGUGGGGUCCUCUUAUAUACCAGGGAGCAUCUUUCGUACUUCCAAAUGCUACAGUUGAAUUCAGGGAAGUCAGUCCAUCAUCAAAAAGACCAUCGCAUAUUGAUAUUUGGGGUCAGGUUGUUGGUAACUUAGCGCAUCUUAUGGUUGGCUUCGGCGCUACGUUGACAUUCAAAGAAAUAGCCCCAAGGUCAUUAACAUUCGUCGGCAUAACAAUUCAGAAAAAAGGAAGACUCAUUUUGGAAAGUGAAUACGGUAACACGACAGACCGCUGGGAUAUAAAUCUGUUUGCAGACGCAGGUCCACUGAGGCGCGAUGGAAAACUAACCGUGGAAGGUGGUGGCAUCCUGGAAACUAGGAGAUUACGAAUAAAUGCCGAGUCUGUUGAUGUACAAUACGCGGGAUUAAUUGACCUAAAUGGACAGGGUUAUGUUGCAGGUAAUAUGAGAAGAGCUACCCUCGAUAUAUUUACAAUCGUUUUUGCUAUUUUUGCAAAAUUCAUAUUUGGAUGUGGGAUUGCAUUUCUCGAGAAAUGGGUAUUUAGUGAUCGCGAUCGCCAAAGAAAACAAUUCAAGAAAAAAGUUUUGCUUUCAUUUCUGAAGAAAACCCAAGAUUGUUUUCUUUCUAUAUCAGCAGAGUGUUUUGAAUUUUUUUAUAUUUAAUCUGGGCGUAAUUGAAACAAAAGAGGAAGGAGAAGUACAUUAAAGGCAGAGAGACAGAGCAUUACUUGUUAUUACUUAUCGCUCUCUUUGUGAACAUUUUGGCCCUUACAAUUGUCGAGAGCCAUUACCAUAGGAAAAACAUUCUCCAGUUAAAUACUGAAUAAAUUAUUUUUGCUUAAUUUUCUAGGUCAGGGUAUCGGUGCUGGAGAUUCAACCGGAUCUGGUGCAAGCUAUGGUGGCCAUGGUGGACUGGUAUCAAGUGGAGGAACGCCAGGAAGUCCCUAUGGAUUUAUACUGUACCCCACGGAUUUCGGUAGCGGUGGUGGUGGAAGCCAAGGGGGGAAAGGUGGUGGAUUUGUGGAACUUGAAAUUAGGGGAUCACUUGUUGUCGAUGGUAUGUUGCAUUAACCAGCGAUACUUCGAGCUUAGCUAUAAUAGCGAAGUUCGUAUUUGACAUCCACUACCACUACAAUUAAUAAGGGACCAUUCACAAAUCAGGUGCGUUUUAUAUAUCAUAUAUCCGAUUAACCAUUUAGAUGAGACGUAAUGGUAGCGGUAGUGGAAGUCAAAUCUGAACCUCUCUAUUGUAAGUUAAUCAGUUCAAAGACUUAGACGUAAAAUUCCAGAACUGAAUUAGGGAGUUGGGCGGGCUGGGAUGGAAUGAGGGAACCUGAAUACAUAUAGCUGUAAUCGUUGGUUGUUGAGAAUAUAAUCUUUUUUAUCAAAAUAUCCAUACAGGAUGUUUCUCUAGUGACGUAUUGAUGAUAUUCGGAAUCUUGUACUAAUAUUAGAAAAAAUAAGCCGCCCAGUGUCUUUUAAAAUCAAUCACAACAUCAACUUUUCGACCUUUAGGUACCAUCAGUGCUAAUGGAAUGGCGUCAUCUAACAAUGGUGGUGGCAGUGGUGGUAGCAUAUUAGUCACUACUAAAGCACUUGAAGGUUCUGGCCAGAUAACAGUGAAUGGCGGUACUGGCGCUAGUGGUGGUGGAUCUGGUGGUAGACUGGCUAUAUACUGGCAUGAUAGAGAAUGGUGGUUUGGUCAGCUUCAGGCAUUUGGUGGUUCUUCAACCGGAAAUGGUGGAGCUGGGACCAUAUAUCUACAGGUAUGGAUGUUUCAUUGUUUUGUGAACUGAUGGGGCCGAGGAAACUGAUUUUUUCCUCGCUUAGUUAGGAUAAGUUGCACCUGAUAAGUGACCAGGUUAGGAUAAGUUGCACCUUUAUACAAAAUUUAAUAUGUAACUAAAAGCCCUGGUAAACGUAGAUUUUCAGUGAAAUUUGGAUAUUGAAUGGUUUGAAACGAGGUUUUCAUUCUCGUAAGGAAUUUCAAAGAAAUAUUGUUGUUUUAUUUCUUUGAAUUUACACAGGAACGCCGGAACGAUGUGAAGAUAAGGGGGCAGAUUUUCGUGAAAGGGCACUUUUGAAUUGAUAUAUACUAAGAGAUGUUUGCAAAACAUCGGGAGUUGAACUUCGCCUAAUCAUGUUUUCUAUUUAUUGGAUGAUAGGGGUGUGAGGCGGUUCUCCACCAGGCGAUUGUGCUAUUCUUGAAGCUCGAUGGCUGCAUUUCUUGCGUUUUCUGAAGCAAAUUCGUAAAAGAAUCGCACUAACAUUUCUGACAAUUCGCUAUUUCGCCAAGGCAAUCCUUUAAAUUGUAAGGGCACCUUUGCCCCCCUUGCCCCUCCUGGUAAUGGGCAACGGGGGCGGCUGCCCCUCCUGCUCCCCAGUUCCGGCGUCCCUGAAUUUACAUACAACAUUAAAUUGAAGUAGUAACGUAUGUACAUGAAUGAAAGUUUAAUUUUAAUUGCUUUCAUUCACUAGUUGGCAGAGUUGCCCAAUAAAUACACUAUAUAUUUUAUACAUGAAGUACUGUCCUGAAUAAAAACAAAAUGGCGGAUUCCUGUAAGAUGGCUUAUUAGAUGGUAUAAAAUCGAUAUUAAACAAUAUACAUUGAAGGUUUUCUGUAUUUAACAUGAUUUCAAUCAGUCAACCUUUGGUCAGGACAGCCAAAUCACAAAUAUGUGUUUCUCAAUCUAAGCUUUUUAAAUGAAAAAGUUUGUAGAAACGUGCAUGGUGCCAUGUAUAUGCGUUCCACUUCGUCUACGUUUAUCGUUUCCACUACUGUACGUUGCAUUUUCAACUUUAAGACUAAGUAUUUUCAAGGAAAUGUAGCAGUUAUGAUAUUGGACGUUGGUCUGGCAGGUAUGUUAACCCUGCAUCACUCUCCGUAGUGUUAAUUACAGUGACCCAACACUAUAUUUAAUUGCAUUAUAUACCGUUGCAUGGAUACGCGAAAAAUUUGCAUGAAUUGCGACCUAAGUCAAACUAAUCCAAGGCAAAGCAUAAAACUAUGUCAACAUUUUGUAAUAUAAGUUACAUUUGUUAUUUCCUUCUGUACUUUUCGUAGGAUAAGCAACCUGGGGUCUUGAACCGAACCCUCAUUAUCGACAGUAACAAUCGACGACCAUCGAAGCCUGAAAUUGACUAUUCAAACUGGAGAGUUGAUAGCGGACGGACUUGGCUUCACUCAAAUGAAACUGAUAUGGAAUUCGAGGAAGUUCACAUUUUGCGUAGGGGAGAGUUAGCAAUUUAUCCGGAUGUUAAGCAGUAAGUUUUUUAUAAUUUUAUUUAAAUAGGGAAGAUGAUUUAUAUAUUCAGUUUAUACAGGGAAGGAGUGAUCUGUUACAAUCUCUGGUGUGUUGAGAGAGGAAUAGACGUUAUGUCUUCAAACGAUUUUUUAAAGUUAUCAAACUUUUUCCUUGCUUCACAAAAAAGCAAAAACGUUGCGUA